AUGUCAGGACAGCGUGUGUGUGUGUCAGACUUUGAGGAAGAAGCCAGGAGAGUUCUUCCUAAAGCUGUGUAUGACUACUACCGCUCAGGAGCUGAUGAGCAAAAUACCCUGGCUGACAAUGUCACUGCCUUUAACAGGUGGUAUCUUGUUCCUCGGGUGUUGAGGGAUGUGUCCGCAGUGGAUCUGCGUGUGUCUGUGCUGGGCCAGAAGCUCAGCAUGCCUGUCUGUGUUGCAGCCACAGCAAUGCAGAGGAUUGCUCAUCCUGAGGGAGAAACAGCUACAGCAAGAGCAUGUGCAGCAGUGGGAACAGGGAUGAUGCUGAGCUCCUGGGCCACCUCCACUAUAGAGGAAGUGAUGUCAGCCAUGACAGCAUCACUGGGCGCUGGGGGUGUCUUGUGGCUGCAGCUUUACAUCUAUAAAGACCGAGAGCUCACACUGUCGUUGGUACGCCGUGCAGAGGAAGUGGGCUACAAGGCUAUCUUUGUUACUGUGGAUACACCAUACCUGGGGAGGAGGUGGGAUGACAUGCGCAACCGCUUUAAACUGCCCCCACACCUGAGCUUGUCUAACUUCUCAACAGCUUCCUUGGCUUUUGCGGAGGGAAACUAUGGCAAUGACAGUGGUUUGGCUGUGUAUGUUGCAAAAGCAAUAGACCCCACUCUCUGCUGGGAUGACAUCGCAUGGCUGAAACAACACACACGCCUACCUGUGAUUGUGAAAGGAAUACUGAAUGGUGAGGAUGCUGUCCAGGCUGUGAACUAUGGCGUCAACGGCAUCUUGGUGUCCAAUCACGGAGCUCGACAGCUGGAUGGGGUUCCAGCCACGCUGGAUGUGUUGGAGGAGGUGGUGCAGGCAGUGCAGGGUCGCUGUGAUGUCUACAUGGAUGGAGGAGUAAGGCGAGGAACAGAUGUCCUGAAGGCCUUAGCUCUAGGAGCAAAGGCUGUUUUCAUUGGCAGACCAGUGCUGUGGGGCCUCGCCUGUCAGGGUGAACAGGGAGUUAUUGAGCUUCUGGAACUUCUGAAAGAGGAACUGCGACUGGCGAUGGCACUGUCAGGUUGUCGUUCUGUAUCCGAGGUGAGCAGGUCCCUGGUCAGACGAGUGGAGUUCACCUCCAGGAUGUGAGCAAAGAAUCUGUGGCAGGACUCACAUGACAAUACAUUCUUGAUGAAUUACUGAAGACAUUCAUUUGUCAAAUUAAUGUGCUAUUUUUAUACAGACUUGUUUUUUUAAUGUAAUGCUACAAUACCUGGUUCUACUGACAAUAGCAUGUCAUCAAAUUUUAUGUAAGACUGAGGUAUAAGACCAGUCAGUGUCUUGAAGCAAGUUGAUAAAGUGGCAAGUUCCCCAUGAUUACUACUAUUUCUACUCAGCAUUUGAAAAUGAUUGUUUAAUGUCCUGUGUGGCUUUAGAAAAACUUUGAUAUGUCAGAGAAACUAUCUUGAGAGACUUUAAAACUGGGGAUGCCACACUGGAAAGAU